AUGUAUGGAAUGUUAUUAGAAAGUGUACAACAUUUUUUACAAUUAGAAUAUGGAGAAGAAACGUGGAACGAGAUAAUUAAGGAAUCAGGAUGCGAAUUCACCGUUUUUAUGACGCAUCAAACGUAUCCUGAUAAUUUAAUGACGAAAAUUGCAGAAUCUUGCGUUAAAAUAAUCGGACAAAACACGUCCGUGGAUUAUUUCAUGAAUUUUUUCGGAAGAUGUUUCGUUCGUUAUUUUAGUAAUUUCGGUUACGAUCAAACGAUAAAAGCCACGGGAAGAUAUUUUUGUGAUUUUCUUCAAAGCGUCGAUAACAUUCAUCUUCAAAUGAGAUUUACUUAUCCUAAAAUGCGUAGUCCAUCCAUGUACAUAACGCAUUUAGAUUCGAAUGGAGUUAUUUUAAUGUACAGAAGUUCAAGAUGUGGUUUUUCCCAAUAUUUCAUGGGUCAACUUUAUCAGAUAGCAGAAGACAUUUACGAUACGAAACUUGAAAUAAUUAUACUCGAAGAGGGUAAAUCGUCAUCGGGAACGAAAAAUAAUUACGUCAAAUACAGAUUGAAUUUCGAUAACGUCGAAUACGUGGAAUCGAAAAAUGAAAAGAAAAAAAAUUUCGAAAAAAUUACUUUACCCGAUUUUUACUUUUCCGUUCUCCUCAAAUUAUUCCCGUUCGGAGUCAUAUUCGGACAAGACAUGAAAAUAAUGGGAGUCGGUGAAAAACUCCAUUUUGUUUUGGGCGAUGUUAAUCCGCUUGGAGAAAAUGUGACGAAUCUAUUGAAAUUGAGAAGGCCGAGGGGUAUAACGUUCAUCUGGAAAAAUAUAUUGUACCUUCAAUCCGUUUUGUUCGAAUUGGAAAUUAUUAGUAGAUCGUGUAAAACGUCACGAAAUUCGGAACAAAGGACGCAGUCGGACGAAUCUUUGGCUCUUGUUGAGAAAAAAGGAAGCCAUCAUCAUCAUCAUCAAAAUUUGAAAAGUAUUCUUCUUAAAGGUCAAAUGUUUUAUUUGAAAGAUAUAAAAUCCGUUAUUUUUCUAUGCAGUCCCCUUAUCAACGAUUUGGACGAACUACCAAAUAUGGGCCUUUAUUUAAACGAUUUAAAUAUUCACGGUUUGAGCAGGGAAAUGGUUUUGACCGGUUGGCAGCAUUGUUCAAGUCUUGAAUUGAUGUUUGAAAAAGCUGAACAAAGAUCGUUGGAACUUGAAAAAAGUUAUAAAUUACUUGACAGUUGGAAAAAAAAAGGAGAUGAUUUAUUAUAUUCUAUGAUACCACAAUCCGUUGCUGAAAGAUUGAGAACCGGUGAAAAUAGAUUAAAUACCUGCCAAGUUUUCGAUAACGUCACCAUUCUUUUUUGCGAAUUGGCUGAUUUUUCAUCUUCGACACUCCGGGAUGCCAUGGAAGUCGUCAGUAGCAUGAAUGCUAUAUUUACCUGUUUCGAUUCUCUUCUAGAUCUUUUCGACGUGUACAAAGUAGAAACCGUUGGUAGAGUUUACAUGACCGUAAGUGGAGCUCCCGAAAUAACACCCAAUCAUGCUGAUAAUAUAGCUAAUUUAGCUCUUUGUUUGUCGCGACAAGUUAAAAAAUUACAACUUCCGCCGGAAGUGAAAAAAAUUAAAAUAGGUAUGCAUUCCGGAUCGGUCGUGGGCGGCGUUGUAGGUUUAAAAGUUCCCAGGUAUUGUUUGUUUGGUGAUACGGUAAAUACCGCUGCCAGAAUGCAAACCACGAGUGCUCCUGGAAAAAUUCACGUUUCAAAUUCUACGUAUAAACUUUUAAAUCCAAAAUUAUAUCAAAUGGAACCACGUGGAUUGAUACAUAUUAAAGGUAAAGGACAAAUGAAAACUUAUUGGUUGUUUAAUAAAAUAUUUGAUGGUAAAAAAUCAGGCGACACGUUUCAAGAAAAAAUGAUCGCACGUGGAAAAGUUAACAGAACGGAAAAUGAAACCAAAGGUCCAUGA